AUGGGACAGGGUGAGCCAAGCCAGCUCCGCAUGGGGCUUGCUGGACUGUCAGCAGCCCUUCCAUCAUUAUGCGUUUUCAUGAAAAGAAGUAGGAUGGACUCCCUAGGAAUCAAGAGCUGUGACUUCCAGGCAGCAAGAAACAAUGAGGAGCACCAUACGAAGGACAUCAGCUCCAGGCGCCUUGUUGUGAGGAGAGGACAGCCCUUCACCAUCACACUACAUUUCCGGGCUCCGGUCCAUGCAUUCCUGCCUGUCCUGAAGAAGGUGGCCCUCAUUGCACAAACUGGAGAGCAGCCUUCCAAGGCCAACAUGACCCAAGCCACAUUCCCCAUUUCCAGUCUGGGGGACCGGAAGAGGUGGAGUGCGGAGGUGGAGGACAGAGAUGCCCAGUCCUGGACCAUCUCUGUGACCACUCCCUCAGACGCCAUCAUCGGCCACUACUCACUUCUGCUGCAGGUCUUGCACAGGAAGCCACGCCUCCUGGGCCAGUUCACCCUGCUCUUUAACCCCUGGGUUAGAGAGGAUGCUGUGUUUCUGGAAAAUGAGGCUCAACGCCGGGAGUACUUGUUGAACCAAAACGGCCUCAUCUACCUGGGUACGGCUGACUGCAUCCAGGAAGAGCCCUGGGACUUUGGCCAGUUCGAGGGGGAUGUCUUGGACCUCAGCCUGGACCUGCUGAGCAUGGACAAGCAGGUGGAGAAGUGGGGCAACCCUGUGCAUGUGGCCCGCAUUUUGGGCGCCUUGCUGCAUUCUCUCAAGAAGAAGAGUGUCCUGCCCACCCCCCAGACCCAGGCUGCCCAGGAAGAGGCCUUGCUGAACAAGCGCCGGGGCAGCGUGCCCAUCCUGCGGCAGUGGCUCACAGGCCAAGGGCGACCUGUGUGUGACGGGCAGGCCUGGGUGUUGGCUGCUGUUGCUUGCACAGUCCUGCGCUGUCUGGGAAUCCCUGCCCGCGUCGUUACCACAUUCGGCUCAGCCCAGACCACCAGCGGAGGCCUGUUUGUGGAUGAGUACUACAAUGAGGACGGGCUUCAGAAUGGAGAAAGCCAAAGAGGCAAAAUCUGGAUCUUCCAGACUUCCACAGAGUGCUGGAUGACCCGACCUGCUUUGCCCCAGGGUUAUGGUGGAUGGCAGAUUCUGUACCCAAGUGCUCCUGAGGGAAGUGGAGUCCUGAAGACCUGUGAUCUGGUCCCCGUCAGAGCAGUCAAGGAGGGGACACUGGGGCUGACCCCUGCAGUAGCAGAUCUUUUUGCUGCAAUAAACGCCUCAUGUGUGGUCUGGAAGUGCUGUGAGGAUGGGACACUGGAGCUGACCAACUCCAACACUAAGUAUGUUGGCAACAACAUCAGCACCAAAGGCGUGGGCGGUGACCGCUGUGAGGACAUCACUCAGAACUACAAGUACCCUGAAGGAUCUCUUCAAGAAAAAGAGGUGCUGGAGAAAGUCCAGAAAGAUAAACUGGGACACUGGGAAGGCAAUGGCAUCUGUCCUCCCAGUCUCGAGACUUCCGAUCCUCUGUACUUGUUCUUGGAAGCGCCCCCCUCCCUACCACUGGGAGGGGAUGCCCAGCUCUCUGUGACCCUGAUUAACCCCAGUGACCAGGAGAAGACUGCGCAGCUGGCAAUUGGGGUGCAGGCAGUGCACUACAAUGGCACCCUUGCUGAUGAGCUCUGGAGGAAGAAGCUGUUUCUCACGCUCAGUGCCAACCUGGUUAAGAAAAUCACCACCAGCCUGUCCUACUCCUAUUUUGAGCGAAGCCCACCUGAGAACAGCUUCCUCAGACUUACCGCUUUGGCAACAUACUCAGAGUCCAGCCUCAGCUGCUUUGCUCAGGAAGACAUCGCCAUCUGUAGACCAUGCCUCGCCAUUGAGAUGCCAGAGGUAGCAGAGCAGUAUCAACCUCUUAAGGCUUCAGUCAGCAUCCAAAACUCUCUAGAUGCUCCCAUGAAGGACUGCGUGAUCUCCAUCCUUGGAAGGGGGCUCAUUCACAGAGAGAGGAGCUACAAGUUAGGUCCUGUGCGGCCUGGAAACACCUUGUGCACCCAAUUCUUCUUCACGCCGACGAAGGUGGGGCUCCAGCGGCUCACUGUGGAAAUGGACUGCAACAUGUUCCAGAACCUAACCCACUACAGGAGUGUCACUGUGGUAGCCCCUGAGCAAGCAGCUUAAACUACCAGCUCAAACUACCAGCUCCAGCAUCAGUUGCCCCAACCACCCCCUUGUAUAUAUGAUCUGAAACCAAACGUGCCUGAAGGGAAACUUUGCUUAUCGAACAAAUGAAAUCUCCAUUCAGGCUGAGCAGAAGAGUGACCAAGAACAGAACUAGAUU